AAAGCGAAGAUGAACAAACAAAGGAGCUGCAACUAACAAAUUACGCAUAGCAUUAACAAACAGAUCGAAAAAGGAGAAGAAAAAUGAGAAAGUUCGAUCCAUGGCCAGUUUUCUUCAAGAGAGAAUGGAAACGUAACUGGCCAUUCCUCGUUGGAUUCGCAAUCACCGGAACUAUUAUUACCAAAAUGUCCCUUGGCCUUACCGAGGAAGAAGCUGCGAAAUCGAAAUUCGUUCAGCAUCACAAAAGGUAA